UAAGAUGGCCAAAAACUAUCUAUCUAUGCAAAGAACUAGUAAUUCAAGUGAGCUGGUAUUUUCUCUUAUCACUCACACUGUUACAAAGAUUAGAAAUAGUCUUGCACCAGAUUUAGUAUGUGCUGCAUUAUAUUUAAAAAGUUAG